UGUUUUUUUUAAAUUUUUAAUGUUCUUGUAGCUCUGGAGUGCUCAGUCCAAAAGAUAUAUUUUUUAGAAAUCAUUUAAACUGUGUCAGUGGACAAAAUAACAAUCCAACUGGUUUGUACCCUCCUACGCAAGCGUGGCAAGUCUGACAAGCGUGGCGAGUCCAAUAAUAUAGCUCUUGAGUCCUCAGUAAAAAGAUAUACCAUCUAUCUGGAAAUUUUUACUGUGAUUUAAAUUUUACUGAAUUAGAAUUUUUGCAAAAAUUAGAUCACCCAUAUAAUUAUAUGCCACAUUUAAUAAUGCAUGCCUGUGGCACAGUCUUAUUUAGUAAAAAUUAAAUCGCAGUACAAUUUUAAAACACAAAACUUUUUUACCACACUAAUUUUCCAAUCUACGGUAUUUAUAAAAAAUCAAUUUAACUGUGUAGACAGAAUGACAACCCAACUGCUUAGUACCUGCCUAUGCAAGUGGGGUGAGUCCAAUAAUGUUCAUAAUUCCAGGGCUGGUAUAGCCUGAUGAAGGAUUAUGAAUAAUAUUCUCAGGUACAUAUAAUACGUCCUGAUUGGUCAUGGUACAUAUUAUGAAAAAAAUGUUACUAUUAUUUGGUAGGGACUAUUUGAUCCUAAUCCAUACUUCUUGUUUCUGAUGACUGGAAUCGGAAUUUUAUUUGAAGGAGCUGGCAUAGCUUUAUUGUGGCUCUUUCCAGCUAGUUGGACAGCAUGGAUCAUAGCAGUUGUGUGUAUAUUUAUUUCAGGAGCUCACAUGCAAGAGGUUGGUCAUGAUUUAGGCCACUACAGUUGCUUUAAAAAUCUGAAAUAUAAUUACUGGGCUCAAAACAUAACAUUCACUUUUCUUGGAGGCCAGUCCAGUAGCUUUUGGAACAAAAGGCACAAUGAACAUCACUCAAAACCAAGUGUGAUAAGUAAAGAUCCUGAUGUAACUUUUCCUGGGAAUGUUAUUCUACUCGGAAAUGAUAUGCCAAAAGAUGUUGGUAGAAAAGGUAAAGGAAUGCUACCAUACCAGUAUCAGCAUAUAUAUCUAACAAUUGCAUUUCCAAUAUUUUUGUUAACAAUUGGGUUUAACAUAAAAGCCUCAAUAUAUCUCUACAAAAACUUGGCAUUAAAAUGGACUGUAAGUCUACAAAAUUAUGAGCUCAUUAAAUUCCUCUUUUCUCUGUGUCUUAAAAAUAAAAAAGGAAGCAUUAUGGCUAAUGUCUUUUUUUUAUGCGAUGGUAUCUAAUCUUUGUUCCAGUCUGUGGUAGCGUUUGGGGUGCAGUUGCAGUUUACUUUGCUGCAAAAAUACUCCAAGGACUCUGGUUGUCUAUACUAACACAGUCACAUCAUCUUCAUUUGGGUGUUUCUGCUCAAGACAAACAUCAAGACUGGUUCUCGUAUCAGGUUGAGCACUGUUUUAAUUUCACUCCUAAUUGGUUCAUUAACUGGGCUACUGCAUAUACCAACUAUCACAUUGAGCAUCAUCUAUUUCCAACAAUGCCAGUUGAAAAUCAUCAUUUGGCUGCACCAUACAUUAAGGAGCUUUGUAAAAAACAUGGACUCGAGUACAGGGAAAUAUCUUGGGCCGAAGCAAUUGCCAAAGUUCCUCGAGAGCUGCAAAGACCUGGAGAAAUUUGGCUUGAAGAGUACAAGAACAUUUGAAAAAAAUAAUUUGGCUUAACUCACCGCAUAGGCGGGUCUAUUACUAUUAGGUACUUUGGUCUUGCUUUUUGAUUAGAAUUUCUUUUUUAGUAGUCUAAGAUUAAUAACUUUAUAAUUUUUAUUUAAUAA